AUGUGGGUGAUGAAAUGCUGCUAUGAGACAAAGAACGAAGUGGGAUAUGAUUUGGAUGGGUCUGCCACUUGCAUUUGGAGGUUGGACGCAGGCCUACGUCGAGCUAAGAAUAAUCACACUACGUUUAUCCUUGUGUGCCCUCUUCGAGAGGAAAUCGAGGUACAACAACAUGGCGAUUACGUAUUCCAUUACAUGAACGAAGAAUACGAAGAUUGCCAGAUCCAUGUUAUUAGAUUACGAUACUCCAAUAAUGUGAAGGACAACGAAAGCUGCACGUUGAAGAUUUUGGAAAUCCAAAAGCGGGGCUUGCCGCACAGCCAUGAUAUGACUUGUAGAAUCGAGUGGGAAGGAACGUUCUCGAAGGCGAUGUUAGAUACCAAAGUCUGA